ACGUGUAAACAGAGGGGCGUCCGCGUGCGCGCUCGUCUGCUCCCUGGUUGUCCAGGGCUCCAAUUAAGCGAACUGGUCCAGCAAGUUAUCUGAGGGGCUGGAGUCACAGAGGCGCACUCAUCGACGCAGCAGUCUACCUGCAGCACGGAGACUGCGCCUUUGUCAGCCUUCCUUCCUGCCUGCUUUCUCUACCACCACGGCAGCCAUGCGGCUCCUCUUCAGCGCGCUGCCCAUCCUCCUCGUCCAGUGCGUCGGAUCCAUCAGAUGUGAAGCCUCGCCUCGGUGUCCGAGCGGGCAGUUUGGGUUUAAGAGCCAGUGCGUGCUGUGCCAUCACACCUGCGCCGAGUGCGACGGACGCGAGCUGUUCCAGUGCACGACCUGUGGAGUCUAUGAAGAUGGACUGGAGCGUUUCCUCCACCAAGGUCGCUGUCGUAUCCACUGUCCCAGGGGGUUCUAUCCUGACAGGGGUCAUUACGCCUGCAUGCCCUGCAUAUCCAAUUGUGAACUCUGUACAGAUGGCAACAUAUGUGCCAAAUGUCGUGAGUACUAUGAACUCCACAAUGGCGUCUGCCAACCACCACUGUGUGACAAAGGGCAGGUGGAGGAUCCUGAUACCGGCGAGUGCAUAGACUGUGAAAACGGCUGUGAAACAUGUUCUCCAGAAAACCCUGAGAUCUGCUACAGCUGUGUUCAAGGUUACGUUCUUUCCAGACACCAGUGCCGCAGACACUGCCCCUGGAGCUCCUUCUUGGAUCGCGGCGGUGGAGUCUGUGUGUCCUGCCCCACACCGUGUGAAGACUGCAGGAACAGCACCUACUGCCUGGCCUGUCAGCCUGAUUACUUCCUCACUGGAGGAGAAUGUAAGAAACAGUGUCCGCCGCAAACCUUUGCGGACUCCAGCGAGUGGCGCUGUCAACCUUGUCACCACUCCUGCCACACGUGUCAUGGUCCUUCCUCAGCAGAAUGUGACAUUUGUCUUGGUGGGACUCUUCCUUCACCUCGAGGGUGUUACGUUAACUGUGGAGCGGGAAAAUACUAUGAUGGGAAACUUCGAGAAUGCCGCAAAUGCAAUACUACCUGCAGUACCUGCUUUGGCCAAGAGGGCCAGUAUUGUUCUUCUUGUUCCAAAGGAUAUUAUCUGGAUCAGGUGGGUUCUUGCGUACGGCAGUGUCCCUCGGGCUCCUAUCUAAACCCAGAUCGUCAGCAAUGUGUGGACUGCUCGUCAAACUGCGAGGAGUGCGUGGACACCAUGGAUAACUGCAUUAGCUGCUCCAAAGACAGCAACAAACCCUUUCUCCAUCUGGGACGGUGUUGGUCGAGUUGCCCCGACGGUUUCUUUGAGGGUCCAGAUGGGACUUGUGAAGCAUGCGAUAGUUCCUGUCUGACCUGUGACGAGAUAAAGUCUCAGUGUCUGUCUUGUCCUGAAGGCCACUUCUUAGACUCGGGUAGAUGUGGGCUGAAUUGUUCUGUGCGCACAUACCCUGCAGAAGAUGGCACCUGCAGACGCUGUCCGCCUCACUGCGAUGUGUGCUCUGAUGAGAAGAACUGCUUCAAGUGCACCUUCCUCUACUUAAUGCUCAACGGGCAUUGUAAGGCCGGGUGUCCCGAGGGUUAUUAUGAAGACAUGGAGGAGGGCCGCUGUGGUCAGUGCCACCCUACCUGCAACACCUGUUCAGGCCCCCAGGCAGAUGACUGUGAGACCUGUGCAACUUUCAGUCCAAAGCUUUAUAAAGGUGCAUGUCUCCUCGAGUGUCCCACUGGUACAUACUAUGAGGCAACGGCUAUGGAGUGUCAAGAAUGUCACCAAACAUGCAUGAGCUGCUCGGGCCCAGACCCAAACCAGUGCAUUCAGUGUGAGAAGGGACUGGUUCUGGACCCGAACACGUUACUGUGCGGCGUGACGGGGGACACGGCGUGUCCUCCCAGGACCUACCUCCACGACGACCAGUUCACCUGCAUGGGGUGCCACCAGCACUGCUACUCCUGUGAAGGGCCCGGCCACAACGAGUGCCAGACCUGCGCCGUCCCCCGAUAUUUACACAAUGGCAGCUGUGUGACGGCGUGUCCAGCUGGGACAUACAACGCAAAGCAGGAAGCUGAUGGACAGGAACUGGGAUUUUGUUUGUCGUGUGACCGCGCUUGUUCCACUUGCACCGCAGCCUCCCCAAGAGACUGUCUAACUUGUUCUUCAGGAUACCUAAGGCUUUAUCAGCUCUGUCUCACACACUGUCCCACCGGAUAUUACAAGGAAGGAUCCCACUGUCAGAAAUGCGAUGAGUCGUGCGAACUUUGCACAGGAGCGGGUCCAGAGUCCUGCAGAACCUGUCCGGUUCCUCUCCUGGAGGUCCAAGGAACCCGGCUGUGUGUUGAGCGCUGUCCUCGCCGCUUUUAUGAAAUGGAUGACAGCUGUAAACAGUGUCACACCAGCUGCCAGACCUGCACUGAUUCCUCGCCUCAGAGCUGCCUGACGUGCGACUGGGGCAACGUUUUAAAGGACAAGGUUUGCUAUCCGCGCUGUGAGGAGGGGCGAUACUUCUCUGAACAGGAGACGUGUGAGCUCUGUGACACCUCUUGCAGGCACUGUUUUGGCCCCAGACCGGACCAGUGCUUGACUUGUCCCAGAGACUUUGGCCUCCAUGCUGUUGAAAAUCGCUGCACUCGCUGCUGCCGUGCUGAAGACAAUUCCACCAACUGCUGUGUUUGUGACAGCCGCUCAGCUCUUUGCGUGGAGGCCACACAACCACAAUCAAGAGGGGGCCCAGAGCCAGACGUGACCAUGUCCGCCAGAGAUCUGAAGCACACAUCAGCCGCUCUUCCCAUUGCCCUGAUGCUGUCUGCCGGGUUGGCCCUUGCUUUGUUUGCUCUGAUGAAGGCUUACACCAGAAAGAGGCUUUGCUGGAAACGGAGCUAUGAGAGUCUGAACGGCAACGCUAACAUUAACAUGCCCCACGGGGUGCCUGAGCCGGACAGUGGAGACGAGGUGGACGUGGUGUACACCAGCAGGGGCGGAUCCGUGUUCCGGCGCUACAGCUUCAUACACGAGCAGGACACAGACCCGGACGGGGAUGAGAACUCGUUCCUCAGCCAGUCUUAGAUGGUUCCAGAGUGUACAGGAUGUAUUUUGGGCGCUUGGCAUCAGCAAGGUUAUUUAGUUGAUGUUCAGAAAUGCUAAUUGUGGACUUUUACUUUUGUAUGCUUUCACGUGGAAGUGACUAUUUUUAUUCAUUAAAGUGCCUGUAUCUUUAUAAAGCAAAUAGUUAGACAAGUGAACAAGCCGUGUAAGAAAAUGAUGUACUGUAUAUUUGUAUAAAUGUGUUCCUAUGACCUUUUUGAACUGGAUAUUAAAGAAGGAAUUGUGAAACCGUC